AUGGAAGCAGCUCUGCCGCACUUUCAUCGAUUAACAUCCUCAAGAUUCUACCAACAAUAUGCUGCUCCACCGGUUCGGAUUUCUACAAACUACCUUCACGACCUCCUUCCUCAACAGCAUCCCACUCUCCUUCAGCAAUAUUUGGCCUACUAUAAUGAACCCCUGGUUCCUCUAGACCUCUCGCUUAAAUCUACCACCCCGAUAACCCCUCCAUGUACUCCACCGCCUUCACAGAAACGAAAAAUAAUCGAUGAUUCCAAACCAGACAAAUCACCAAAAAUAUUUCGACAUUUCGAAGACAAUGAUACAAAAAUAGUUGAUGACAAAACGGCAAAAAGGAAACUAGACGAUGAGAGUUCAAAUGAUAGUGAUAGUCCAGAAGCGAAGAAACUAAAAUUCACAAAACAAUUUUUUGAAGAACUAAGAACAUGUUUGCCUACACAAGGCGAAGAAACGCCGUCAAAAAGUGGUAGAAGUUCUCCCGAAAUAGUGGAAAUAAAAGAUGUAGAGGAACGCCCGAAAAAAUCUCCAAAACCUCCGACACAACCAAACAAAAAGAGUAAAGCUGUACGGAGAUUAGUGUUCGAUGAGGAUAAAACAUCGCCAGUUUCGGGAACAAUUAUCAGAGAUCUAGCUGAAGAUGAAACAUUAGUUGUACGCAAGGGAGACAUUGAUCCGGCGUUCAACGUGGUUGAAGUGACCGAAGAGGCGAAGGCUUUGAUUGCGGCGAUAGAAAACAGGCUCGGCCGGUACAUAUGCAGGUUGUGCCGAAGGCUCUACAGUGAUGCUUUUGCAUUGGCACAACACCGGUGCUCGAGAAUAGUUCACAUUGAAUACCGAUGUCCUGAAUGUGAUAAGGUUUUCAACUGUCCUGCGAACUUAGCAUCUCAUCGGCGAUGGCAUAAGCCUCGUGUCCCCGGUACUGCCAAACGCCGUGAAGCCCCUGCAAAUGAGUCCGGACGCUUUCCUUGUCAGCGGUGUGGAAAAUUGUUCCGAAGGCAAGCGUACCUAAGGAAACAUAUGCUGGCUCACGAGCAGCCUGAAAAUGAACCUGAGAAGGAACUGUCUGCGUUCCGUCAGGUACACGCGGACUACAAUAGCUAUCAACCAGAAAUAAUGCGAGACAAUAACUUCAAUACGUUUUGGAAUAAGAUUCCACCUCCUCAACAAGAGCUGAACUGGGAAGGGGUCCGUCAGCGUUGCGGUUCAUCGUGUUCUUCAGAAGACUCUCGGAGUCUUGACGUCACGGGCUCCGAGGACGAAGGAGGUGGAUUGGGGGACGGGUGA